GAGGAAGAGCUGGCAACUUUCGGAAGAUGAGGACAAGUAGGACAUUCUGACAGGACUGUAUGAGAACCCUGAGUUAAAACCCCCUGGGAGUUUCUGAGAGCUCAGCUGGAACCAACGGGCCAGGUCGAGGGCACAGCUCCAUCAUGGUAUCACAACCAAUGGCCAAUGAGAACAUCGUAAUUCUCACAGCAAAUGGCAUCGACUUCUCCCAAGCGGAUGAACACAAGCCCGCCAACCAGAGUCAGAGUAGCCUGAGGAAACAUCUACAGGCAGAGGUCAAAGUUUUUGGGACCAUCCAGAUCGUCUGUGGGGUGAUGGUGUUGAGUCUGGGAAUCCUUUUGCAAUCUGCUCCCUCCUCUCCACAAUUCAGCCACGUGUUUUCCACCCUGUUGAAAGCUGCUUACCCAUUCAUUGGAGCCUUGUGUUUUGUCAUUUCUGGAUCUCUAUCAAUCAUCACAGAGAAAAAGUCCACUAAGCCUUUGGUUCAGAGCAGCCUGGCUGCAAACUUUCUGAGCUCUCUGUCUGCUCUGGUGGGUUUCAUCCUCCUCUCUAUCAACCUGGCUCUUUUGGGUCCUGCCCUAUGGAAGUGUGACUUGAACAAAGAGGAGCUACUAUUGGAACAGCAGAAUUCUUACCAUAAUUUUUACCAAAAUGAGAUGAACUGCCUCAUUGCCAACGAUGUUCUGGCUGGAAUACUGUCUGUGAUGCUGAUUUUUACAGUGCUGGAGUUCUGCCUAGCUGUGCUCAUGGCUGUGAUUUGGUGGAAGUGGUUUCACUCUGACUUUCCUGGGAGUGUGCUUUUCCAGCCUCUGAGUGACAAGGAUAAAUCCGGCAUGAUUGCAGAGGCAAAUGUUGACUGCGGAUAUGAAAAACUAUUUAAUUCUUAGGGGGAAAAAAAAGGAAAAUAUUCAUCAGAAAUUUGGUCUUUAUAAUAAUGUAUGGAAACCAACCAAAGAAACCUAACCAACAAAGCAGUUUGAGUUCUUUGAAAUGUAGACUUUUCUGUAAUGAACAUUUAAAAGCUAUAUAUUUGUUUUCUUUUCAUUGAAUAUAUGUUUUCAGUGGAUUGAUCUCUAGAUUUGCCAGAUACUGACUUCAACAAAAGCACGGAACUGUAAAUUACCAUUGAUUGGACUGGCCAAAUAGACAUUUCCCAGAAAACUAGGCAAAAUGGUGAUUCAAUGGAUAAUGACAAAGUAAAGGAGACAACUUUUCCUCGUACCCCCUCACUGCCAACGAGAGUCCUGAUUUACUGUGGUGUUCAAACUCUUAUAUAGACACUAGUGUUCCAUCACACAUAUUUUACUCAUUAGUGCAUGCAGACAGCCCCCUGCCAUUAAGUCUCAGGACCUACUUAAGUACAUGGCUUCAAAAUGAAAUUUUUA